AUUUUAGGAAGCCAUUAAUAGUGUAAAAGAACCGUACACUAGGUUUUUCUAUAGUAUACCACCCACUCUUUCUCCGUCACUAAAAACAACGCUACUUGUGAUUCUCCAUUCUCCGGUGUAGCUGCUUUGCUGCCAUUGCUGUACCGCUAAGGAACAAGAUUAGAGUAUUUUGAAAUGGGAUUAAUCCUUAAUGAGCAAGGAUAAGAAGUACAUUAGCUACAACUGGAAGAUGCGUUUGAAAGCAAGGGGGACCAUGAGUAUACGUGGAAGAGCAAGUGUUGAAGGCACGUGACUGUGAGCUGGUAUAGUGCUCGAACGAGCAUGAUCCAAAGACCAAAAGGCAUGAAGAUGCAACAGGAGUUGAUAAAAUAAUUGUUCAAGCUAAAACUCGCAAUUUAGCUUGUCUUUGUGGCACUAAAAGUGAAAUGGUGAAGAAGAAAAACCCAUUUAUUUUCUUGGAUGUGUCUAUUGAUGGAGAUCCGUAUGAAAGGAUGGUUUUUGAGCUCUUUUUUGAUUUGGUUCCAAAGACCGCGGAAAAUUUUCGUGCAUUAUGUACAGGGGAGAAGGGAGUUGGCCCCAAAUUAAGGAAGCCUUUGCACUACAAGGGUACCUUCUUCCAUCGAAUAUUGAAGGGUUCCAUGGCUCAGGGUGGUGAUCUUCUCAGACAAGAGGGUUCAGCAGGGGAAAGUAUAUAUGGUGACAGGUUCCCUGAAGAGUCAUCAAAGCUAAAGCAUGAUGAACCUGGUCUCUUAUCUAUGGCUGUAGCUGACCUUGAUACUCGUGGAUCUGUAUUUAAUAUUAUAUUCAAGCCUGAUCAAAAUCUUGACAGAAAGAAUAUAGUGCUAGGGAAGCUUGUGCAUGGACUUGAGGUUUUGAAAAAAAUUGAGGAUGUAGGUGAUGAAGAUGGAAGACCAAAAGUCACGGUUAAGAUUUGCAACUGUGGUGAAUUCAGUGAAAGUGAAAAGAAGAAACUUGGUAAGUUGGCGAAAAAGGCUGAUUUGGUUAGUCAUGAAACACGAAGAAAGGGAAAACAUAAGAAAUCUUCAAGAGAUAGAAGAAAAAGAAAGAGAAAAUACUAUACAUCCGAAUCAGAUGAUUCUUCUGAUAGUAAUUCGGAUAGUAGUGAUCUUGAUACAGAUUCGGAAUCCGAUGCAUCUUCUUCAGAAGUUAGCUCUUUUAGUGAUGACAGGCGUAAGAAGAGUAAGAGGUCUUCUAAACGAGAUAAAUACAAACGUGGGAAGCGCAGAGAUAAGCGGCGCGAUAAGAAACAUAGAGGGCAUAACAAGCGUUCAAGACGAAAGUCAAGAAGGGCAUCUGAUAGUCUCAGCAGCAGUGAUAGCGAGAGCACUGAAGAUAGUUCUGAGGACGAUGCCAAUGUGAAGAAUUUUGAUAAAAAAGACAAGGAUGAUCUGCAAAACCAUGCUGAGAACCAUUCUCCUGGGGUUGAUGAUGCUGCCGUUGAUAAUAAUCUCAAAAGGAGUGAAGGUUAUGUGAUGUUUGAAGAUGAGGAAUCUAGAUUUCCCAAGGAAAAUGGAGCCCCACGAAGCAAUGGCUAUGAAAGAGAUGCAAGAUCUCGCAGAAGUGAAGACAGACAGUCUGAUGUGGUGGAGGACCAUCCAGGAAAAUCUAGGAGCCGCAGUGCAAGUCCUAAAAGGGUUUUGAGUAAGAGUAUGAGUAUCAGUCCCAGGAAUAUCAGCAGAAGCCAGAAUCUGACCCCACAAAGAAAUUUAAGCAGAAGCCCUAGUGUUAAGAGUCCCCCACCAGCUGUACAAAAGAGUCGGAGUAUUAGCAGAAGUCCCUUAAGGAGUGUCAGCAGGAGUCCUGUUAGGAGUAUCAGCAGAAGCCCCAUGAGGAGUAUCAGCAGAAGACCUGUGAGGAGUAUCAGCAGGAGCCCCCCUAGAAGCCUCAGUAGAAGUCCAGCUAGAAGUUUGAGCAGAAGCCCACGAAGAACCCGUCCUCGAAGAAAUGACAGUUUAAGCCCUGUCACUUCCCCACCUCGAAAAAGUCUUAGUGGAAGCUAUGCAAGAGGCUCAUCGCGAAAAAGUGUUAGAAGCCCAGUGAGAUUCGGCAGGAGCAGUCCAAGCCCGGUACAUCCUCGUAGAAGCCCGAGCCCCAUAAGAUCUUCACAUAGAAGCGUAAGUAGAAGCUCUGGCAGGGUUCGUAGUCCAGUAAGGUCUCCAAGGAGAAGGUAUCGUCGAAGCUACUCUAGAAGUCCAUCCAUUCGCCAUAGAAGUAUGUCAAGUGCUUCACCUGAUGGGUCACCCAAACGUAUGCGUAGAGGUAGGGGUUUCAGUGACAGGUUCUCUUAUGCCCGAAAAUAUAGGACCCCUUCGCCUGACCAUUAUCGGUAUGGUGGUCGUGACAGUUACAGGAGAUAUUCCGACCGUUCUCCAAGGUACCGAAGCCCAAGAAGAUCCCCUAUAAGAUAUAGAAGAAGAAGAAGCAGGACAAGGAGUCCUAGUGUCUCACGAAGCCCUCCCUAUCGUCGUCGUCGUCGUUAUACCCGGAGUCCUGCUCGUAGUCGUACUAAUAGUGAUCCACCCAGAUAUCGCGCAUCUCCUCGCGCCGAGAAGCAAUUGUCAAAUAGUCGAAGCCGAAGCAGGAGUGCAUCUGUCUCAGGAUCCUCUAGGGGCUCCCCACCUCCAAAGAGAGCUAGCAAGGAUAGGUCUAGGUCGAGGUCGUCUUCUGGUAGUCUACCUGGGAAAAAAGGGUUGGUGUCUUACAGGGAUGGUUCUGCUUAGGCCAACCCAAGAUAGAAAAAUAGCUUUCAAGAUGCUGUGCAUCAAUUCCCGCACUUGUGAUGGUUGCUUGGAUGAGUUUGUGGCCAUAUGCGAAUCGGUGAUUACUCUUUUUGGAUGAAUAAUUUGGAGUUAAGCUAUUUGUGUAGUUGUUCUUGUUUGUUGAGUCGAUGUCUGAUAAUAUAAUUACAUGGAUUCGGUCGCAGACUUGUAGUUAUGACAUUAGUUUCUGCAUGUUUUAAUUAUAAUUAUAUGAAAUUUUAUAUUUGAACUAUAAAUGUACUCUUAGGUUGUGUUUGGCAUGUGGGAAUGAAAUUUAGGAGAUUACAGUUGAGGUUUAAAAUAAGACUUUGGGAUGAGAUUUAAUUUGAGAUUUUGAUAAUAAAUGAAAUCAUGUUCUUAUUUAGCAAAUAAUAAAAAUAGAUAAAAAAUUAGAUAAAAUUUUUUUAUUUACAAAGUUAUCUUAAUAAUUCUUUACGUUUUUUGGGUAAAAAUGUAUUUUUGUAAAUUAUUCAAGUGUCAACAAAUUACACCCUUCCCCCAAGAUUUUUUUUAGGGACUUUCCUCUUCCCAAUGUCUCAACUUAUAUCUAUUUUGCAAUCUUUGCCAAUUUUCAUUCCCCUCAAACAAAUAAGGAACUUU